AUGUCAUCUUCCAAACCAAUCGUGCUCCACCUCGGAGACCCCAUCAAAUUCAACACCGACGUGUACGCCCAGCUGGCCUCCCAGUUCACCAUCAUCAACCCAUCCCUGGAGGAACGGCAGCGGCCAGCGUUCCUGGCAGCCCUCAAGGAGAAGAAAUGGGGCGACUUCAGCGCCGUCAUGCGGCCCUGGUGGGGAACAGGCGGCGAGAUGGGCCGCUGGGACCAAGAGCUCAUCCCCCUGCUGCCCCAAUCCCUCCAGGUGUUCGCAUCCGCCGGCGCGGGCUACGACUGGGCCGACGUGGACAUCCUGGCGGCGCACGGCAUCCUGUACUGCAACGGGGCGUCCGCGUCGUCCGAGGCGGUGGCCGACAUGGCCAUCUGGCACAUCAUCAGCGUGUUCCGCAACAUGCAGUGGACGGCGUCGGCGGCGCGGGCCAACGACCCCAACACGUUCGUCGACGCACACCUCAACGCGCAGUUCACGGCCCACAACCCGGCCGGCCACACGCUGGGCAUCAUCGGCCUGGGCAACAUCGGGUACAAGAUCGCGGCCAAGGCGCACGCCGCGUUCGGCAUGAAGAUCAUCUACUACGAUGUGUUCCCCAAGGCCGAGGCGCAGGAGCGCGCCGUCGGGGCCCGCAGGUGUGCGACGCUGGCCGAGCUGCUGGCCGAGGCGGACUGCACGGUCGUGGCGGCGCCGGGACAGGCGGGGCGCAAGGUCAUCGACAGGGAGGAGAUUGCCGCGAUGAAGAGGGGCGCGAGGCUGGUCAACAUUGCGCGGGGCAGCCUUGUGAACGAGGAGGCGGUGGCGGAUGCGCUCGAGUCGGGCCAUCUGUUUGCCGUCGGACUGGAUGUGUUUGAGCAUGAGCCCGUGCCGAGCCCUCGUCUCACCGGGAACAGGCAGGCCACGCUGACUUGUCAUACGGCUGGAGGUGCGCUGGAAACGACGGUCGGGUUUGAGAAGCUGUCGAUGCAGAAUGUGCUGGCGGUGUUGAAUGGGGAACAGCCUCUGACGCCUGUCAACAAGCACCUGUUGAAGAAGUCCACAUGA